AGGUAACUGCGCAAAGUGCAACUCUGCUCGACGCUUUCAAAUGUCAAAAGAGCAUUUUCUCGAGCCGGGGAUUGUAAUAUUAAGCAAGUUUUGCAUGAUAUUUUAGAUAAUGUAAACAUUUACGAAAUUAAAAGCAAGUACUUGCAAAUUGAACAAUAUUAAGUGACUAUAUAAUCUGAGUGUUAAAAUAAAAAGUAUAAUUUUAUCAGUCAGACUGGGUUCAGUACAACGGCGCUGUUUGAGGUUAGAACAGCUUUGGUGUUGAGAGCAGUUUUUUGUUUGGCAUACGUUGACAAGUUUGCGACCGGAAAUUUGUCAUUUUACUUGUAAAGUGUAUUUAAAAAUUUAGUCUUGCACAAAGCAGAGAUAUGAAUGUACCUCCGGGAGCGGCGGGUGGUGCAGUUCCGCCACCAAUGGGCAUGCCGCCGAUGUUUAACAUACCGCCACCAGGUUUCGGAGGGCCACCUCCACCAGAACUGGCGGCAGCAUUCGGUGGUAUACCGCCUAAUACUGAAUGGACUGAGCACAAGGCCCCCGAUGGGCGACCAUAUUACUACAAUAACAAUACUAAGCAAAGCUCAUGGGAGAAGCCCGAGGCCCUGAUGACACCAGCUGAACGGUUGACUCACCAAUGUCCUUGGAAGGAGUAUCGUUCUGAUGCUGGUAAAGUGUAUUAUCACAAUGUCAACACAAAAGAAUCACGUUGGGAGCCUCCACCAGAAUUCGUAGAAAUGCAAGCUAAAGUCAAAGCAGAAGAAGCUGCUGCUGCUGCCAAAGCCGUUGCUGCGAUGACAUCUUCCAGUUUGGCGGGAAUGGUGCCACCGGCUGCUUUAGCCAGUAUACUUCCGGCAACUCUACCCACCGUGGUAAAUAUAGCUACACCUGAUAUACGUUCACCUAUGACCCCAGGCAGUAAUGAAAAUUCUUCAUCCGCCCUUGAUCAAGCCAUGGCUGCUACACUAGCUUCAAUUGAAAUGCCACAAACUGGGAAGGAAGAGAAGGAAAACAAUAAAAAAGAAUCACCUACGGAAGAACCCAAAAUAGUAUUUAAAGAUAAAAAAGAAGCAAUUGAAGCUUUCAAAGAUUUACUGCGGGAGAAAAAUGUACCAUCAAAUGCAAAUUGGGACCAGUGCGUCAAAAUAAUUUCCAAAGAUCCGCGUUAUAGUUCCUUUAAAAAUUUGAACGAAAAGAAACAAACAUUUAACGCAUAUAAAACACAAAAACUGAAAGAUGAACGAGAAGAAUCGCGUUUACGCGCAAAAAAAGCCAAGGAGGACCUUGAACGUUUCCUUAUGUCAACUGAUAAAAUGAACUCGCAAAUGAAAUAUUAUAAAUGCGAAGAGUUAUUUGCGUCCAAUAAAAUAUGGACCAGUGUGCCGGAACAGGAUCGUCGUGACAUUUACGAUGACUGUAUUUUCAACUUGGCUAAGAGGGAAAGGGAGGAAACGCGUUUACUAAAAAAACGAAAUAUGAAAGUAUUGGGCGAGUUACUCGAGUCGAUGACCACAAUCACUUACGAAACUACAUGGGCGCAGGCGCAACUCAUGCUGCUUCAAAAUGCCGCCUUUAAGAAUGACGUUAAUUUACUUGGGAUGGACAAAGAGGAUGCGCUCAUAGUUUUCGAGGAUCAUAUUCGAUCAUUAGAAAAAGAAGAAGAGGAGGAACGUGAACGCGAGAAGAAGCGGCUCAAACGUCAACAGCGCAAAAACCGAGAUUCAUUUUUAUCCUUAUUAGAUGCACAACAUGAAGCUGGAAAGCUUACAUCAAUGUCGCUUUGGGUAGAGCUGUAUCCAAUAAUAUCGGCAGAUUUGCGUUUUUCAGCUAUGCUCGGUCAGCCGGGUUCUACGCCCUUAGAUUUAUUCAAAUUCUAUGUGGAAGACCUAAAGGCGCGCUACCACGAUGAAAAGAAAAUCAUACGCGAGAUACUCAAAGAAAAACAAUACUUGGUGCAAGCAAAUACUUCCUUCGAGGAAUUUGCUACUGUUGUGUGUGAAGACAAACGCUCUGCAAAUUUAGACGCGGGCAAUGUCAAAUUGACAUAUAAUGCUCUGCUUGAAAAGGCCGAAGCCGUCGAAAAGGAGCGUCUGAAAGAAGAAACUCGCCGUUUGCGAAAAUUGGAAAACGAAAUCAAAGCGGAAUGGCAAGAGGCAAAUAUUUCUGUACAGGAACCUUACGAAGCUGCAAAGAAGUUGGUGGAACAUUUAGAAGCAUUCACUGUUUAUGAAAAGGAAGUCGGUGUGAAAAAGAUCUGGGAGGACUAUAUUAAAGAAAGCGAGGACGCCUGCAGUCAUCAUCAUUCCCGUUCGCGAAAAUCGAAGAAGAACAAAAAACACAAGAAGAGAGUGCGCUCCAGUUCUAAAUCGGAUAUUGAAAAUGAUCAAGAUGAAUUUGAGCCGGCAAAAUCAAAAAAACGAAAGUCCCAUUCACGUUCGCAUUCGAUUAGUUCUAGCCUCAGCAUGGAAAGUGAACGCAUAUCAAAGAAAAAGAAGAAGCGAAAGAGCAAAAAAACCUCACGAGCUUCUUCCUGCGAAUCUGAACGCGUCAUAUCCUCGCCAAUUGCUUCGCCAACCACUUCACAAUUGGAUGAUAUUACAGUUAGCAGAAAGAAAAAACGCGAUAAAAAGAGCAAGAAAGAAAAGAAACAUCACCGUUCCAUUACACCGAUAAGUGCAAAUGGUAGCAAUCAGUCCGAUGUUGAAAAUUCGGGUACUAGUUCGCGUAAUGCUGAGGAACAAGCGCUAAGCGAAACCGAACUGGAGUCGAAACGCGCCGCAUUAUUAGCACAAUUGAACGAACAAAUGGAAGAUUGACCGGCGGUGAAAAGCCAACUAUGUUACAAAUCGUCUAGACCUAUAAUGAACAGUCGCAGCAGCCAAUAACUAAGCCAAGAUCAAUAAAGCUUUGUACAGAAAAUGCAAGCACUAGAUAUUCGAAAUUCUCUUUUACCAUGAUACAUUGCGUACAAGACUUCUAAGCAACUGCGAGUCUUUUAAGAAUAAUAUUUAUUAUUAUUAUUAAUGUUAAUUUUAUGUAUUUUAUGAAUUGCACAUACAAACAUAUAUGAAUCUUGGCAUAUACUUAGAAACAAGUAAUUGAGCAACUUGUACGAUUAAAAUAAAUAUUAAAAAUAUUGAAGUUCA